UGUAUCUUUCGCAAAGACUGUUGCAUCGUCUCACGACUCGGACGUCUCGUGCUGCUCGCGGUGGCUGCUCAAGAGCAUUCUCUACCACGCCCAUAUGGCAGAUUCGAAGUGUCGAUAUGAAGGAGUCUGACUUCCAGACACUGAAAGUCGACCAGCGCAGAAUGAUGGAAACACUUCAUCACACCUGUAGUUUUGGUACAGGUCAUCGAUGGGGACAAGCAGCAACCGAGACAGGCAUGAAGCGCCUUGCUCUUUCAGACUCAGACAAGAAAGUGCGUGACUGGUUCGUCGACACAACGAAGUCACUUGGUUGCGAGAUCACUAUCGACAAGAUGGGAAACAUUUUUGCAGUGCGUCCGGGGCGUAGGCAGGAUGUCGCACCCAUCUUUGUUGGUUCUCACCUCGACACACAACCCACCGGUGGCCGCUACGAUGGAAUUCUGGGCAUUCUAGCUGGUGUUGAGACGUUGAAAGUGCUGCAAGACGCCAAUGUUGAGACCGAGUAUCCUAUUGGAGUGGUCAACUGGACGAACGAAGAGGGUGCUCGCUUCCCUAUGACUAUGGUAUCUUCCGGUGUGUGGGCUGAAGCAAUAUCACUAGAGGCGGCGCAUGGUCUGAAAGAGGUCGGAGGUACCCGCGCGACUCUGCUGUCGGAGCUGAAGAGACAGGGCUACCUUGGCGAGACACCGGCGAGCUACCGCGCAACCCCGAUGAGUGCUCAUUUCGAACUGCACAUCGAACAAGGACCGAUACUCGAGAUGGAAAAGCAGAAAAUUGGAGUCGUGAAUGGUGUUCAGGCAUACAAGUGGUACACAAUCGAGGUCGAAGGGAGAGCGGCGCACACGGGCACUACACCCUACGGUGCUCGAGCAGAUGCCCUGCUGGGUGCCGCACGCAUGAUCGCACACUCGAACAAGAAGGGCCAUGAGCUGUCAGCUCUUGCCUCCACUGGCAUCCUCACGCUGGAGCCAGGCAGCACCAACACGAUCGCUAAUAAGGUCAGCUUCAGCCUCGAUAUCCGCGCUCCUGACAAUUCGACUGUCGAAGCCAUGGAAGCGCAGCUCAAGAAAGACUUUACCGCUCUUGCCGGUGAAGAGCCGGUACCACUAUCCGUUAUUUGGCGCACAGACAGCAACUCACCAGCUGUCAAGUUCCACAAGGACUGUAUCGAUAUUGUAAGGCAGUCUGCAGAUGCAGUAUUGGGCAACAGCUCAUUGCAUCGAGAUAUGACGAGUGGUGCUGGCCACGACAGCGUCUACACCAGUAGACAUUGCCCGACAACGAUGAUAUUUGUUCCGAGCAAGAAUGGUGUCAGUCACCAUCCGGAGGAAUGGACCAGCGAUGAGGAUUGUGCGUUGGGUGCUGAGGUGUUGUGUCAGAGUGUGAUUAGAUAUGAUCGUAAGCUAGCUGGUGCGACAUCGUAAUUUUGAAGGGUUUCAAGUAUC